UCCGCGACGAACCGCCGAGAUCUUGCAGUCGCCCGAAGGACAGCUACCUGGCUUCGGGGCCGUUUUACAAGAUGGGCCGCGCCGUCGCGGGUCUCUGUGGAGUUGUCAACUGGAGCAAGCUCUAUCGUGGCGAAAUUCGAUUCCACAACGAAGAUUAUGAGCGCCGUUACAACAUCUUUCCGAGUGCUUCUACUUUUCUACUUGAUAGUCCGUCGUAUGCUUUGUACAACUAAUUAACUAGUACCUACAUUACAGGUAAGAAACACCAAGGCCGCGUCGGUAUACAUUGCUCUUGAUUUUUCUUGUCAAGUUAAUUCUCUUGCCAGUCCCACCUAGUAAGUAACUGAAAGUGAUAGGUUGAAGUGUUUUCAGGAACACGAGCUCUUCAUCUAGAUUUGCUUAUUAAAGUUCCAUCGUUGUCGUUGUCGUUGUCGUUUUUGUUCUUCUAAGAGGGGGAAAACGUCGAAUGGCAUGCGACGUUCUUACACACGGCCACGCGCUGGGUUGCGGAAUCGAGUCAUAUGCCUCCCGUCGCAAACGUUUCUAGAAUGGACAGUGAUCGCAUGGAAGUCCAGUACAGAACAUUUCCCGGUAUAAUUGACCCUUUCGCGGAUACUCGUCUACGAGAUUUGGAUUGAUGAUUGGGCAGGAACGCGAAGAAAAUGGAGACCGUGGAGUUGACAUCUCUAUGCGCGUCUCUGUGUCUUCUUCAAGUAGGAAAGCCACAGAUAUGCGAGCUAGAGACGCCAACUUUCAACCCCUAAGUGAAGUAUUCAGGACAAGAUAUCGGGGAGCGGGACCUCUCUG